AUGUCGUCUUUCAUUCUUUUGUUUCUUUGCUUAUUUACAUCUAUCUAUCUAUCUAUCUAUCUAUCUAUCUAUUUCGUAUUUGUCCUAUCUAUCUAUCUAUCUAUCUAUCUAUCUAUCUAUCUAUCUAUCUAUCUAAUUGAAAUCAUAGCGCUUUGCCAUUACUCUUUAGGAGAAAUAAAUGCAGAAUCUAUCUGGCUAUCUAUCUAUCUCUGUAUAUUUUCGGUUUAUUUCUGUCCAUAUUUAUGUAUAUAUAUUUCUCACUCUGCUAAUAUCUAUCUAUCUAUCUAUCUAUCUAUCUAUCUAUCUGCUUUACUUCUUAUAUUCAUAUCUAUCUAUUUUUUAUAUCUUUUCAGUAUAUUCAUAUCAUCUAUCUAUCUAUCUAUCUGCUUUAUCUUAUAUUCAUAUCUAUCUAUCUAUAGAACAAUGAUGAAGUUGGUUUUGAAGCUGAACGCGAAAAAAAGAUUUGUGUGUCAAAUUCCCCGAAACUUCUUUCCUCAUUAUGUAUAUGUAAUCUAUCUAUCUAUCUAUCUAUCUAUCUAUCUAUCUAUCUAUCUAUCUAUCUAUCUAUCUCAGUCUUUUCAUAUCUAUCUAUCUAUCUAUCUAUCUAUCUAUCUCAUCUAUCUUUUCUAUCUCAGUCUUUCAUAUCUAUCUAUCUAUCUAUCUAUCUAUCUAUCUAUCUAUCUAUCUAUCAUCUAUCUUUAUCUAUCUAUCUAUCUCAGUCUUUCUAUCUAUCUAUCUAUCUAUAUCUAUCUAUCUAUCUAUCUAUCUAUCUAUCUGUGUGUGAACGUGUUCAAUUUGACGAGAUAA